AUGGCUAACAACAACGCACCACGGGCACAUCGAAGCUGCAGAGAAGCUUUCCUGAAUGGGUUGCACUACCGGGAUGAGGAGGUUUAUCAACGUAAGGAGCGAAUUAUCGCCGCUAUCAAGAAUUGGAUCCACAACUGGAAUGAGGAGUGUUAUGAACGUGAGGGUCGAAUCAUCGCCACUGUCGAGAAUUGGUUCCACGACCGGAAUGAGGAGGCCCGUCAAAGUGAGGAUCGAAUCUUCGCCGCGAUUCAUAAUCGGUCACAUGAGGUUGAUGAAACACCAAGGGAAUAUCGAGGUAUCAGAGGAUCUCGCCGGAAUAGAUUUCGUCAGUGGCUUGAAGGCGUUCGUUAUCGUCACUAUGAGUCCAUCGCUUAUUGGACUCGUUCACCUGAUCUGCUACCGACUUAUCAAGACGCCUGUCGAUGUGAGACUCAAAUCAUCGCUUCUUCUCUCUCACAUGAUCUGCCACCGGCUUAUGAGGAAACGGCGGCAUUCAACCCCGAUCCAAGAGAUGCGACGGGUCACGCAGGACCUGCAGUUGAAUGA